AUGUGGGACGUUGUGUUUUCGAGGAGGGUCGCGUGUCGUUUGUUUUGCCUUCGAAGCCCACAGGACCCGCUGAGAAGAUACGAGGAGGACUCGCAUGCCGUGUUUUGCGCUCUGCCGGAAUAUUUGGUGAACGAACGCGAACGUUGUAAGUUGAGACGACAAGAUUUCGGCAUUCAGGAAAGCCGCGCGUCCCUGCUGCGAGAGUUUCCAUUGAAAAGCCAAGAAAUGUCAAGAAGCUCCGACUUUGCUUCUGACGCCACGACGGUUCCAGUGUGCCGGCUGAUGUUUGGUCGAGGUGCAGAAAGGUGGACGAAGGCAACAGGUAAAAGGUUCCUUGGACACUGCCGAUGGCCUCAUUGUAUGAUGGAUCCUCGGGUAAUUCCACAGGAGGAGGAAAUGGAAAUGCUGUUGUCCUGGGUGGCGUCCUGCCUCAUGGUGAUUGGGGGCGCCCUGCCCUACGUGCCCCAGUACCAGGAGAUCCAGAGGAGCAGCAACACUGACGGCUUCUCUACCAGAGUGUGUCUGGUCUUGCUCAUAGCCAACAUCUUGCGAAUCUUCUUCUGGAUUGGGAAGCAAUUUGAGCUCACUUUGCUGCUCCAGAGCGUGGUGAUGAUCCUCGCGAUGUUUGCUAUGCUCCACCUCUGCUGCACGAUCCAAAACACCAACCGUGUGAGCACCAAGCAGCACCGCCUUUCAGACUUGGAUUUGCACUACUUCUGGAAGUGGAAUGCGUUUGAGGACUACCUUCUCUUCUGCUUCGGCCUCAGUGUCCUUUGUGCAGUGGUCACCGUGCUGCUGCUAGACUCUGCCAUGUUUGUGGAGAUGCUGGGCUCCCUGGCUGUGGCGUUCGAGUCCAUGCUGGGCCUCCCUCAACUACUACAGAACUUCCACAACCGCUCCACCAAAGGCAUGAGCUCAGGGUGUGCCCCGCCUCUCGCCCGAAGAUAGCUGGGGUAGUCUCCAGCAUGUGAGGUUAAGCGGUACAGAAAAUGGAUGGACGGAUCAUUUUCAUGAUACAUUUAUGAUAUAUUUGUUAUUAUUAAUGAUAUGAUUAUUAUCACCAACUGUCUUCAUGAAUGUUUGCACAAACUAUCAGACCAAACAACAUUUGAUUGUCUUGUCUUGAUGUACAAUGUUUUCUUGCUGUUCUUUUGCAGUUGGCUAUGCCUUCUUUGCUGUUUCUCAAUUCUCCAAGGCACUGUAUAUACAUAUUAUGCUACACUGGUAUAGCGUGGACACAGACCAACAGGAGAAGGCGAGCAUGGCCUUGGUUCCCUGCUUUUCCCCCCCUUGAGAGUCUGUCCCUUUCACUGCAGACAAGAGGCAAAGAUGGCAUCUAUGUAAUAUAUUCUCCACAUGCUGCACUCUUCACUGUGAUGCUGCAGCUCAGCUCCUUUUCUAUUCCCAUCGCUUCUUGCCCUGCAUGCUUAAUUUCAGUGAACAGAACUUGCAGAAUUCCAAGUGAAGCUUGUCUGACAUUUUAAAUGGCUUCAUGUAUAACCUACAGACCCUUUCCAAAGAAAAUGUAAAAAGUUUCUUUAUUUCCAUAAUUCCAUUCCAAAAGUUACAUUUUCAUAGAUUAUAGAUUCAGGCCCCACAAUUUAAACAAUUUCAAGUAUGUAUUUGUUUAUUUUUACAUCAUUUCGUCUUCCAGCUCCAAAUUUGAGUACUGUGAAGAAAUCCGCCUAAAUUUUGCAGGUCAUAAAUGUUUUAAGUAACUGAGUGUCACACACUAAUCACCUCCUAAACUCAAAGCGCCUGCUUAGGUUUCCCCAGGUGUCAUUAAAUUGCUUCAGUUGGGUUCAAUAUGGGGAAGACUGCAUACUUGACAGUUGGUCAGAAGACCAUCAUUGAUAGCCUCCAGAAAAUGGCUAAGCCACAAAAGUUCCUAGCUAAGGAGGCAGGCUGUUCACAAUGGAAGGACAAAAUGUGGCAGGAAAAGAUCAGCAGAUUAUCAAAGAGAAGAAUAGAAGGGGUCCGGUUUGGUGGCCUCAGAAUUGUAUCUCUGCUUUUUGCAGAUGAUGUGGUUCUGUUGGCUUCAUUAAGCCGUGAUCUCCAACUCUCACCGGAGCGGUUCGCAGCCGAGUGUGAAGCGGCUGGGAUGAAAAUCAGCAGCUCCAAAUCUUGAGACCAUGGUCCUCAGUCGGAUAAGGGUGGAGUGCCCUCUCUGGGUCGGGGAUGAGAUCCUGCCCCAAGUGGAGGAGUUCAAGUAUCUUUGGGUCUUGUUCACGAGUGAGGGAAGAAUGGAACGGGAGAUCGACAGGCGGAUCGGUGCGGCGUCUGCAGUGAUGCGGACUUUGUAUCGAUCCGUUGUGGUCAAGAAGGAGCUAAGCCGAAAGGAGAAGCUCUCGAUUUACCAGUCGAUCUACGUUCCUACCCUCACCUGUGGUCACGAACAAGAUCCCGCAUACAAGCGGCCGUAGUUUCUCUCCCUUAGAGAUAGGUUGAGAAGAUCGGUCAUCCGGGAGGGGCUCAGAGUAGAGCCGCUGCUCCUCCGCAUUGAUAGGAGCCAAAUUCUGUUUAGGAUACCUCCCGGACGCCUCCCUGGUGAGGUGUUCCGGGCACAUCCCACCGGGAGGAGAACCCGGGGACGACCCGGGACACGCUGGAGAGACGACGUCUCUCGGCUUGCCUGGGAAUGCCUCGGGAUCCCCUCAGAGGAGCUCGAGGAAGUGGCUGGGGAAAGGGAAGUCUGGGCUUCCCUGCUGAGGCUGCUGCCCCCGCGACCCGACCUCGGAUAAGCGGAAGACGAUGGAUGGAUGGAUAUUCCCAAUUUUUUUGAAUUCCUAAUUUUGUGGGUUUUAUGAGCUGGAAGCCCAAACUAUGUCAAAAUAAACAAACAAAUACUUGAACUGAAUUGUGGCCCCUGAAUCUUUAAUCUAUGAAAGUUUAACUUUUUGAAAGGAAUUAUGGAAAGAAAUAAACCUUUCCAUGAUAUUAUAUUUUUUUGGAAAGGUUCUGUACUGCAUGUUGAUCCAUGGUUUUUAAAAAAGGUUUUAUGUUUUAAUGCAAAAAAGCUUAAAGAUGCUUUACUGUCUGUGAUUUACUGUUCAAUAGUCUACGGUGCUUUUGGUGAAUGUGCCCCGUUUCACUUUAAGGGUUGCAGCUGGGCUUUCUAGAACCAUCAUUUCACCUCAGAGCAAAGAUCUUGCCAAAGACUAAAGGAGCAAUACUACUACAUUAGGGUCCUUAGAUGACUGAAGAGGAGGCUUGAUGUUUUAUCCUCCUAAACUCACAUCUAUGCCUGCAUGCUCAAUACUGUAAUAUACCAUCAACCACUUAAGUAUCCUGCUAUUCCCAUGUAUUUAUUGAUUUUCAUUCAUUAGAGUGAUGUUAACAUCUUCAUGAAGAUAUUUAUACAAAAGUGUUGUGUCAUCACCCCAGUUGUACAAAUUCCGAACUUCUGCCCCAAUGAAAGAAGCAAAUCACUCACUGCACAUGGACUCAAGAGACUCCCUAUUUGGUUCAGUCUAGCUUGAACAAACAGUUGUACAGAUAUAACAAGUGUGCACGUCCCUCAUGCCAUCCCAUCUGAAACACUUGUUUUCUUAAUAUUGGAUUGGGAUUGGUUAAAUUUCAGUCAGUUAGCAAAUACCGUCCUAAACUAUUUGUAUGUACUUCGUUCGUUGACAGUCAGGUCAGUUUGUCCUUCAUGUGCUUUAGCAGCUCUGCAGUUGUGCUUGCCUACACAAGUGUGGUGGGUCUCAUCAGCAACGGGGGACAAGACAGACUACAGGAGUGAGGUGAUUUGCACGGGCAACCAUUUCUCCCCGAAUGUGGAGAAAACCAAGGAGAUUGUUGUGGACUUCAGGUGGGUGCGCUCCCAGCAUGCUCCCCUGAACAUCACCGGUGCUGCGGUGGAGAGGGUGCGCAGCACCGAGUUCCUGGGAGUGCACGUCACUGAGUACCUCUCCUAGACCAGCAAAUAUCUCAUCGCUGGCCAAGAACGCUCACCAGCCAGAGCCCCGACCCCCGUUCUCCAGAGGGACCCUAAAGAGCCUCCUUACCAGCUGCGUCGCUGUGUGGUACGGAGCCCGCGCCGCAUCCUGCCGCAGGACUCCAUCGCGUAGUGAGGGCAGCUGAGAAGAUCCUUGGGACCUCUCUUGCCUCCCUGCAGAACAUUUACAGCACCCGCCUAGCAGGGAUGUCACCCAUCCAUCUUGUUGUAAUUGUUUUUGUCAAUCUUUUUACAUUUUAUAACUUUAAACGCGAUUGGGUUUUAACCAUGCCAAGAUAGUUUAGAUAAUUGUCAGCACCGUGGAUCAUAUUGCAACACAAACCUAUUUGAUUCUGGACUGCUAUCUUUCACCUUUUUCUCAGGAAUACUUGCUAUUUUUACUAAUAUUUGGAAUGUAGCAG